AUGUUGGAUGAGAGGGAGGAGGAUGCCGAUGAGGAAGCCUGGCUGCAGCUUCGGCCGGUGGAGCCCUUGCCCUCCCAGUGCUGUGGCAGUGGCUGCUCACCUUGUGUGUUUGACCUUUAUCACCAAGAGCUGGCAAAGUGGGAGGCAGCCCGAGCCAGCAAGAACAGGAGCCUGCUGAGUGGGGAGGAGUCACAGAGCUGUCCGUCCAAGCUGAGCCCAGAGACCUUCCUGGCCUUCCGCAUCAGUGCCAUGGACAGACUCACCGAAGACACUUACCAUGUUCGGUUCGCACUCCCCAGGAACUGCCAGCUCGGCCUGCGGCCUGGCCAGCACCUCGUCCUACGAGGGAAGGUGGACGGCUUAGAAAUUCAGAGAGCCUAUACACCCAUCAGCCCUGCCAACGCAGAAGGAUACUUUGAAGUUUUAAUCAAGUGCUACCCGACUGGGCUGAUGUCCCGGUACGUCAGGUCCUGGAGCACAGGAGACACAGCUUUCUGGCGAGGACCUUUCGGCGACUUCUUCUAUAAAGCCAACCAGUAUGGUGAGCUCCUCAUGCUGGCUUCGGGCACUGGCCUGGCCCCCAUGGUGCCCAUCCUGCAGACCAUAACAGACAACGCAGAGGAUGAGACCUUUGUCACCCUGGUCGGCUGCUUUAAGACCUUUGAGGGCAUCUACCUGAAGACCUUCCUCCAGGAGCAGGCCCGUUUCUGGAACGUCCGAACCUUCUUUGUCCUCAGCCAGGAGAACUCCCCGGAGAAGCUUCCCCAGAGUUACCGAGAGAAGACCCGCUUUGGCCGCCUGGCCCAGGGCCUGAUCAAAGAGCUGGUUGGUUCCUGUCGCAGAAAGCCGUUUGCGUUGGUCUGUGGCUCAGCCGAGUUUACCAAGGACAUGGCCAAGUGCCUGCUGUGCGCAGGCCUGGCCGAGGACUCCUACUUCCUCUUCUAGCCGGGCCUCCCUUCCGAAGCCCUGGCCAGGGUCCUGCCACUGGAACACUGGGAGAAGCACAGACUGGAGUGCAGGCCUGGCCCACCGCUCACUGGCCUGGUGACUGUAGGUGAACGUCUGCCUCCCUGCUCCUCCAGCUCUUAUCUACCUCACGAGGUUGCUGACUCCCUCAGGCCGACAUUCUGCUCAGUGGAGGGAAGAUGGGGCUGCAGGAGGCGUGGGCAUCCUGGAGGACUCCCGGGGGAAAGCCAGGUCCAUGCCAGGCCCAGGGAUGAGUAGGAGCUGGCAGGAGAAGGUGCAGGAAGAGCUUCCCAGGUAUCUCAGAUUAGAGGGCUUGGGGCCUCCCGUCACACCCUGCCCUAGAAAUGCCUGUUCUAAAACCUGCUUUCCCUGGAAACUGCGUGUCCUUGCUGUGGUCUCAGGGUUGGCUCUGAUGUGUUGCUUGCUGAGUGUUUAGGGAAUGACCAUAGGGGUAGCUAAGAGCUCUUUGGAGGAGGG